UAUUUAUUUUUUUUACUUAUGUUCUACAAUAUAGGAUGCAAACACUUAACCUCGCCGUUCUUACACAUUGCACAACUCUGUCACCAAAAACACGUCAAAUAGUGAAGGUCCAUUUAAGAAUAUGGCCACACACCUGUCUCUUGUUAUGCGUCACCAGUUACUCUUCAGGUACCAUCAGAACGACUAGAAAUACCCACUAGGGGGCCCUGAUAAAACAGGGUCAUUAGGGCACUGCCCUCCUAAAACAAGAACCUUUCCCCUGUACAAUCAGUUGAUACCGACCAUACUGCCCAUCCUUGCAUUCUAAGUCAUUACAAUUAUGAUAAAACAAAGAAAAUAAGGUGUUAGCCGCUUAAAGGGGGCUGCGCAAAGACCGAAGAGGGGGAGGCAUCGAGCUCCGAGGAGGAUUCAAGCUCCUUCCACGGUAACGGAGUGUGUAAAUGGUUCAACGUACGGAUGGGGUUCGGCUUCCUGUCCAUGACCAACCGGGACGGUGUCCCACUCGAAACCCCCGUCGAUGUGUUUGUUCAUCAGAGCAAGCUGCAGAUGGAGGGCUUCCGCAGCCUAAGAGAGGGAGAGGCCGUGGAGUUCACCUUCAAGAAGUCCUCCAAGGGCCUGGAGUCACUGGAGGUUACUGGCCCCAAGGGAGCACCCUGUGUGGGCAGCGAGAAGAGACCCAAGGGUGCCCUGAAGCGCCGCUCAAAGGGAGACAAAUGCUACAACUGUGGAGGCCCUAACCACCAUGCCAAAGAAUGCCAGCUGCCCCCUCAGCCCAAGAAGUGCCAUUUCUGCCAGAGCAUAGCCCAUAUGGUGGCCAGCUGUCCGGUCAAAGCACAGCAGUCCUCACCUGGAUCUCAGGGAAGGUCGUCCUCAGCAACAGGCGGAGAGGAAGAGGAGGCGACCGACCCCGCUCCUGCUUCACUUCCCCCUGAGAGCUCAGACUGAGUGGCAGGAUCAGGGAGACACAAGCCAAUCAAAACGCAUCACUGUAAUGCUGCUUCUAGAACUACCUCAGGUUUUUUUUUUGUUUAGUUUGUUUAUUUGAGCAUAGACAACAGAUGAGUUAUUCUCGGAAUGUCGUUGUUGGUUUAGAUGUUGAGUUGGUGAGAAGCAGAAGACCACUGUAUAUCUUCCCGAAAUCACAAUGGUAUUGAAUAACAGUAACAGCUUUUUAGUGACAAAAUACUUUUAGUUUGACAUUUUCUGCCUCAAAUUUUUUUCUGCCUUAGCAAAGUGUCUUAGAUUCGUAUGGUAACAAUCAGAAAACCAAUGAGUUUACAAACGGCAAUAAUCAAGGAUGAGCAUCGUGAUCAUACCAUAUCAUUUUUUUCCUGUGGGUAAAGUUUAGGCCUUGGCUUGUUGAACAGAUGUGAAGUUAAUGACUUGGUACUCCUUGAUUUACAACCCUUUUUCCUCCUUAUUUAAGAACAAUAUUUGCCAAAGAAUAGAGAAACAAGUCUUUAUUUUUGAACAUAAUGUGUCUUGACUCCUAUGAAUGUUAAGGAGACUGAAGAAAAGAAGGCUGUUUGUCCUCCGUCCAAGGAGGCGCAGCCCUUUUCUGCAAACAAUCACCUUGAUUUCUAUGGCCAAGUGAAUGUUUAAGACUAGUGUAACUAACUACAGAGUACUGCAUUUCUAUGCUGUCAGAACUCAAUGUGUUGCCUCUUCCUGCCUUUUACAUUGGUGGUGAUUUGUCAUAUCAUCUAUUUUAAUGUAAUUCAAGUGUUUCUUCAGGUUGCACAGUUGUUAAACCCAAAUAUGGUCAGAUAUUAUAAAACCUGGAUGGCUUGUGUGAGCUGUCAGUGUUGGAAAAAGGCUUGAUUGUAAAAGAAUGGGGUCCCUGUAGUUUUUAUGUAAACAUAUUGGGGAAGUACCAUAAAAUUCCGCAAGGGAGUUUUGUUUGUUUGUUUGUACUUGGAAAAAUGUCCAGAAAGCUAGUGCGUUAGCCAGAGCUCUCUUCGACAGUCAUGUUCAUGGCUCUUUAGCACCCCCUAUGACAGAAUGUAAGAACUGCAAGGGACUCAGAGUGCAUCAUGGGAGCUCUGUCAGACUUUAUCUCCACUUUUACGGGAGAAACCGGGAGACAUCCCGAUACAUUAAUGUACAUAGAUAUCAUAAUCAUUUAAAACCAUGAUUUAUUUAUUUCUAACCACACUUACUUUAUUGGGAUUCAUGAAGAUUCUCUUUAUUUUUUUCAAGCCUUGAGGUUUUGUUUACUUCUUUGGCUGUAAUGUUUGAUAAUCUUAUUUUCACAGUGUGAUUUAUUUUGCUGUGUUUUCUGGCACCUCAUUUAUGGGAUCUGAAAAUCCUCCUCCUUAGUUUUGAGCUAUGCAAAAAAUGCAUGGAGCAAUUCUCUGCACUAAUCAUGCGUUAAACACUAUUGGUUUAUCUUGGGAUUGUAUUGUUUGUUUUCUACUUUUAAAUGAUGGACUGGGCUGUUAUCACAGCCCGGGUUUUACCUUCCCACAAAUCCUCAGUUUUUGCUCAGGGAAUUAUUUAAUCACUUUAUUUUAUUUUUCAAAAAUGGUUUCAUUUUGAAACACAGGCCUGCAUGCACAGCGGAUCAAUGCGCUGGUUUGCUGGAAAACUGUGUGUAUUAUAUGCCUAAAGCAAGCCUGUUGAACAAUGCACUACUUUCACUGUUACAACCUACAGGUCUCAUAUUUAUUCCAUGACUUUAUAUUAGCUUACAUAAUUAGCUUUUUGGUUGUGGUGGAUUAAAGUCGAGUUAUAGUCAAAAGGUUUUUUAGAUUUGAAAAUCGAAAGAUAAAUAUUCCCUUAUUGAAAUAAAGGAUUUCUCUUAGCCCUUUCAUGGUGU